CAUUUGGUGCCUGAUAGUGGAGCAGUGCAGUUGACUCUUUGCUCUGCUAUCCAAUGACAUCCAGUGGCUGAGAGUUUGAAGCUGAUGGUUCAGUCUCCUCAGUGCUGCAUGCACACCUGACAGGCAGCUGUUAAACUGAGCGAAGGCGAGCUUGGGGAGUCACAAUCUAUGCAUAAAUGAUAGGGGUAUCUGUGCAGAAGUCAGAAGAGGCAGAAGUGGAUGUGAGAGACAGAGACACACAGAGACACAGAGAGCGAAAGAGGGCAAGAGACUUGACUUUACGAGACUCCUGCACUGACAACUCCAUGCAGUUCGGAACAAGAACGGCAACGACCGAAUCUGGUUUCAUGGGGACAUGGCAGAACGCUGACACUAACCUCUUAUUCAGAAUGUCCCAACAGGCCAUCCGCUGUACACUGGUAAAUUGCACAUGUGAAUGUUUCCAGCCAGGGAAGAUUAACCUGAGAACGUGUGAUCAUUGUAAACAUGGUUGGGUGGCACAUGCUUUGGACAAACUUAGCACUCAGCAUCUGUAUCACCCUACCCAAGUGGAGAUUGUGCAGUCCAACGUAGUGUUUGACAUCAGCAGCCUGAUGCUCUAUGGUACCCAGGCUGUGCCUGUGAGACUGAAGAUACUGCUAGACCGACUCUUCAGUGUAUUGAAGCAGGAAGAGGUGCUACACAUUCUACAUGGCUUAGGCUGGACACUUCGAGACUAUGUGCGGGGCUACAUCCUUCAGGAUGCUGCAGGCAAAGUGCUGGACCGCUGGGCCAUCAUGUCCAGGGAAGAAGAGAUUAUUACCCUUCAGCAGUUUCUGAGAUUUGGAGAAACCAAAUCCAUCGUGGAGCUGAUGGCAAUCCAAGAAAAGGAGGGGCAGGCUGUGGCUGUGCCAUCUUCAAAGACAGAUUCAGAUAUAAGGACUUUUAUUGAAAGCAAUAAUCGCACUCGGAGCCCAAGUCUCCUAGCUCACCUGGAGAACAGCAACCCUUCCAGCAUUCAUCACUUUGAAAACAUCCCUAACAGCCUUGCGUUUCUGCUUCCAUUCCAGUACAUAAAUCCAGUCUCAGCUCCAUUGCUGGGGCUGCCUCCGAAUGGCCUCCUGCUGGAACAGCCAGCCCUGAGGCUGCGUGAGCCAAGCCUGUCUACCCAAAAUGAAUACAAUGAAAGCAGUGAAUCUGAAAUUUCCCCCACUCCUUUCAAGAAUGAACAGAUCGUAGAACCCAAAACUGAGCCAACCUGUGUGUCUCCAGUUCAAACAUCUACCCCCAUCAAUGAUUUAUCCAAAAGCGAGCACACAAAAAGCUCAUUCAGGAUUCACCGAAUGAGAAGAAUGGGAUCGGCAUCAAGAAAAGGGAGAGUGUUCUGCAAUGCAUGUGGUAAAACUUUCUAUGACAAAGGUACGCUCAAAAUUCACUACAAUGCAGUUCAUCUUAAAAUCAAACACCGGUGCACGAUUGAAGGCUGCAACAUGGUCUUCAGCUCUCUUAGAAGUCGCAAUCGUCACAGUGCUAACCCUAACCCCCGCCUUCACAUGCCUAUGCUAAGGAACAACCGAGACAAAGAUCUAAUCCGGGCUACAUCUGGAGCUGCCACCCCUGUCAUAGCAAGUACAAAAUCCAGUCUUACCUUAACAAGCCCUGGUCGGCCUCCAGUGGGUUUUACUACUCCCCCGUUAGACCCUGUACUACAGAACCCUCUCUCUAGCCAGCUGGUGUUUCCAGCUUUAAAGACUGUCCAACCUGUUCCUCCUUUUUACAGAAGUUUACUUACUCCUGGAGAGAUGGUGAGUCCUCCAACCUCGUUACCUACCAGUCCCAUCAUACCAACAGGUGGUGCAGUGGAGCAGCAGCCUCCUCUUCCUUCAGAGUCAUCGGUACCUGCAAUGAUGAUGCCUAUCCACGAGCCUAAUGCUGACCUAGCCCCUAAGAAAAAACCAAGGAAGUCAAGCAUGCCAGUUAAAAUAGAAAAGGAAGUGAUUGAUACUGCGGAUGAGUUUGACGAUGAAGAUGAAGAUGCUCAUGACAACAGCAUAAUGGCUAAUGAUAUUGCUCAUGACAAUCACUGCCAUUCGCAGGAGGAAAUGAGCCCAGGAUUGUCUGUGAAAGAUUUUUCUAAAAAUGGGAGAAACAGAUGCAUUUCUCGAACAGAGAUACGAAGGGCAGACAGCAUGACCUCAGAAGACCAAGAGCACGAGAGAGACUAUGAAAAUGAGUCAGAAUCCUCAGAGCCAAAAUUGUGCGAGGAAUCCAUGGAAGGUGAUGAACAUAUCCAUGAAUCUAAUGAAAAAUCUAUGAUGAACAGUGAGAUGCAGGAUGAAAAUCACAAUGAAUCAUCUCACCAGGAUGUAAUUAAGGUGAAGGAAGAGUUUACAGACCCUACGUAUGAUAUGUUUUACAUGAGCCAAUAUGGACUGUAUAAUGGGGGCAGCGCCAGCAUGGCUGCCCUUCAUGAAAGUUUCACUUCAACAUUUAACUACAACAGUCCUCAGAAGUUCUCCCCAGAAGGUGACCUGUGUUCCAGCCCAGAUCCCAAGAUCUGCUAUGUGUGCAAGAAGAGUUUCAAAAGUUCCUAUAGUGUGAAGCUUCACUACAGGAAUGUUCAUUUAAAAGAAAUGCAUGUCUGCACAGUGGCUGGCUGUAAUGCUGCCUUCCCAUCACGGAGAAGCAGAGACAGACACAGUGCUAACAUAAAUCUGCACCGUAAAUUGUUGACCAAAGAACUGGAUGACAUGGGACUGGACACCUCUCAACCUUCUCUUAGUAAGGACCUCCGUGAUGAAUUUUUGAUGAAGAUCUAUGGCUCCCAGCAUCAAAUGGGGUUUGACAUAAGGGAAGAUACCUCCUCACCAGCUGGUACUGAGGAUUCCCACAUGAAUGGGUAUGGAAGGGGCAUGUCUGAAGACUACAUGGUCCUAGACUUGAGCACCACCUCCAGCAUCCAGUCUAGUAGCAGUAUCCAUUCCUCAAGAGAAUCUGAUGCAGGCAGCGAUGAGGGGAUCCUCCUGGAUGACGUUGAUGGGGCAAGUGACAGUGGGGAAUCUGCACACAAAAUGGACACCCCUGCUAUAGGCAUAGGCAUGGGUUCUGAGCUUCCAGCAUCCCUCAUGUUCAACAAUGUUUCAAUGAGCAACGGUGGGAUAAUGUGUAACAUUUGCCACAAAAUGUACAGCAACAAGGGGACCCUCAGAGUGCACUAUAAAACAGUGCACUUGCGAGAAAUGCACAAGUGCAAAGUCCCUGGGUGCAACAUGAUGUUUUCCUCUGUCCGCAGCCGAAAUCGGCACAGUCAGAACCCUAACCUGCAUAAAAACAUUCCCUUCACUUCAGUAGAUUAGUUUUAAGGAUGGACACGCAAAUGCCAGCUCUCACGGAGGGCCUACCAUGUUUGAACUGCCAUAUACAGUCUCUCUCUAUAUAUAUAUAUAUAUAUAUAAAUAUACAUAUAUAUAUCUUUUUCUUUUUUAACAAAA